GUCCCAACACAAUUCUCUCUCUCUCUCUCUCUCUCUCUCUCUCUCUCUCUCUCUCUCUCUUCAAACCACUCAGUUUCCAACUCAUUCAAAUGCAAAGGAAAGCUGAAUCUGCAUGCAGUAGCUAAAGCUCAAAUCUUUACCAAGUAAUUUUCUUUUUCUUCAACUAAUUAUAUACCAAAGUAUGAAGCUUUACCCUUUCAAUUUCUUCUUCUUCUUCUUCUUGUUAUUCUGCUUCUCUGUGCCCAUACCUAUUGUAUCUAGUUUGAGCUCUGAUGGGGUGGCGCUGUUGUCCCUCCUCAAGUACUGGACUGUAAUCCCAUCCCCCAUAUCCUCCACCUGGAAUGCCUCUGAUUCCAAUCCAUGCCAAUGGGUUGGAAUCCAAUGUGAUAAAUCCGACAAUGUGGUUGCCUUAAACCUCACUGGGUUUGGAAUUUCUGGCCCUGGGCCUCAAGUUGGCAGCUUUAGGUAUCUGCAGACUCUUGCUCUGGGUUCCAAUAGUUUUUCUGGCAAAAUCCCAGUUGGGUUGGCCAACUGUAGUUUACUUGAGUACUUGGACUUAUCAGAAAAUCGAUUUUCUGGUGAAAUCCCUGAACCCUUGUUUUCGAUUUCCAGCUUGGUUUAUAUAUAUCUGUAUAGGAAUAGUUUGAAUGGUUCCAUCCCUGCAAAUGUUGGGAAUUUGAGUAAAUUGGAGGAGUUGUAUUUGGAUGACAACCAUUUGAGUGGAGCCCUGCCUAAGAGUCUGAACAAUCUUGGGAACCUAGUGUAUCUUCAAGUUAGUGGUAAUCGUCUCGACGGUAGGAUUGAUUUGGGUUCUGGGGAUUGCAAGAAUUUGAUUUUCUUGGAUUUGUCACGCAAUCAGUUUAGUGGAGGUCUUCCAUCAAGUCUGGGAAAUUGUAGUAAUUUAACAGAGUUUGGUGCUGUGAAUAGCAACUUAACGGGGACUAUCCCGUCUUCCUUUGGCCAACUAGAGAAGCUUGAACUUCUGCGCCUUCCUGAGAACCGUUUGUCUGGGAAAAUACCUCCCGAACUUGGUAAAUGCAAGUCCUUAACAGGACUACAUUUGUAUACAAACCAACUUGAGGGAGAAAUUCCUAGUGAAUUGGGGACGCUGAAAUUGCAGGAUCUUGAAUUGUUUGAGAACAGGUUAACUGGUGAAAUCCCAGUUAGCAUUUGGAAGAUUCAGAGUCUUCAGCAAAUCCUUGUGUACAAUAAUAACCUCACCGGGGAGCUGCCUGUAGAGAUGACUGAGCUGAAGCAACUGCAGAAUAUUUCGUUGUUUAACAACCUCUUUUCUGGAGUUAUACCUCAAGGUCUGGGGAUUAACAGCAGUUUAGUGCAGUUAGAUUUUCUGAAUAAUAACUUCACUGGUACAAUCCCUCCAAAUCUUUGCCAUGGAAAGAGGUUAAGGGUGUUGACUUUGGCGUCCAAUCGACUUCAAGGUUCCAUACCUUCUGAUGUUGGAAACUGCUCUACACUUUGGAGGUUGAAGCUUGAACAGAAUAACCUGACCGGAGCUCUCCCGGAAUUUGCAAAAAAUCCAAACCUCAAUUAUAUGGACAUCAGCAGCAAUGAGAUAAGUGGAGCAAUUCCAUCAAGCUUGCAAAACUGUGGCAACCUCACAACCAUCAAUUUGUCCAUGAAUAGGUUAACUGGACCUAUACCGCAGGAGCUGGGGAAGCUUGCAGAGCUACGUACUUUGGUUCUUUUCCAGAACAAUUUGAUUGGUUCUCUGCCUCCUCAACUAUCGAAUUGUACCAAAAUGGAUAAGUUCGAUGUGCGGUCCAAUUUGUUGAAUGGCUCCAUUCCGUCAAGUCUGAGAAGUUGGACAGUUUUAUCAACACUGAUUUUAAGCGACAACAGCUUUACUGGCGGCAUCCCAACUUUCUUGUCAGAGUUCGAAAAGCUUUCAGAGCUACAACUUGGUGGAAAUCUAUUCGGAGGUGUGAUUCCAUCAGCAAUUGGAACAUUGCAGAGUAUGUUUUAUGCAUUAAAUCUUAGCAACAAUGCAUUGACAGGUCUGAUUCCUUCAGAGCUAGGGAAACUGAUAAGGCUCCAACGACUAGAUCUUUCUCGUAACAAUUUGACAGGGACUUUAAAAGUUCUCGGCGAUAUGAGUUCACUAACUGAGGUUAACGUUUCAGACAACAACUUCACAGGUCCAGUACCAGAGACAUUGAUGAACCUGUUGAGCUCAUCCCCAGUGUCAUUUUUGGGCAAUCCCUACAUAUGUGUCAAUUACCUUCCAUCAUGUGGCUCAAUGUGCGCAGGAAAGAACAGUUUUAAAUCUUGCAACAGUCCACCAAGCAACCAGAAAGGCCUUAGUAAAGUGCAAAUUGCAUUUAUAGCUCUAGGAUCUUCGAUGUUUGUUGUUUUUGUGCUUUAUGGGCUGAUUUAUCUGUUCCUCUUGCGCAAAAAGACCAAGCAUGACUUUGAGAUCUCUGCUCUAGGGGGGCCAUCUGCCUUGCUCAACACGGUACUCGAGGCUACAGAAAACCUAAAUGAUCACUAUAUCAUUGGGAGAGGAGCCCAUGGAACAGUCUAUAAGGCCUCUUUGGCUCCAGACAAAGAUUAUGCAGUCAAGAAGCUUCAAUUUGCAGGGCACGAAGGAAGGCGUUUGAGCAUGAUUAGAGAAAUUCAAACACUUGGGUUGAUUAGGCACCGGAAUCUGGUUAGAUUGGAAGACUUCUGGUUAGGAAAAGACCACGGUUUGAUAUUGUAUCGGUACAUGCAAAAUGGGAGCCUUUAUGAUGUUUUACAUGAAAUCAAACCCCCGCCAACUCUCAAGUGGAGUGUCCGCUAUAGGAUAGCGCUUGGAACUGCAUAUGGGUUGGAAUAUCUCCAUUAUGAUUGUGAUCCCCCUAUAGUGCAUCGAGACAUCAAACCAAUGAACAUCCUCUUGGACUCUGACAUGGAGCCCCAUAUCGGUGAUUUUGGUAUUGCGAAACUUUUGGAUCAUCAGUCUUCUGCAGCAACAUCCAUCGCAGGUGGUACAACCGGAUAUAUUGCACCAGAAAAUGCAUUUCGAACAGCAAAGAGCGUGGAAUCUGAUGUGUACAGUUAUGGGGUUGUUUUACUUGAGCUGAUAACAAGAAAGAAGGCAUUGGAUCCAUCAUUUAUGGAGCAAACUGACAUUGUAGAAUGGGCUAGGUCAGUGUGGAGCAGCACGGAACAAAUUGAUCAGAUCGUCGAUUCAAGCCUUAAGGAGGAACUUCUGGAUUCAAACAUCAUGGAUCAAGUUAUUGACGCUCUUAUGGUGGCUUUCAGAUGUACUGAGAAAGAUCCGAAAAGAAGACCCACAAUGAGAGAUGUGAUCAAGCAAUUGUUAGAUGCAGAUUCCAAAGUGAGAAGCAUAAAGGGCUAGCUUUUUAACUUUCCCAGAUCGAUUAUUGUAGCCUGUAUAUUUAAUCUGCUUUAUACCGGGUGUAAUCUUAGUGGAUAGUGAUGCAUCUGUAAACAUGUGCAAUGUAGGUUAGAUUUAUGGAAUUCACUUCAAG